GGUUGAUUUCUUUAUUCCUGGAGUAUCUGUAGUUGGGGGAUUCUCGAUAUGUUCAAGCCCUGGCCUGUUGGAACGAGAAGGAAUAUUAGAGCUGGCAGUAAAGUACGCUGUUCAUCCUCCUGCUCACUGGAUUCACACCAAGUGUACUCUUGACUCAGAAGUGGCUCUGCGAGUGGGAGCAGAUCUUCAUGGAUACCAAGAGGGUAAAGGAAAUGGAUACAAAAUGGGAACAGUGAAGCUGUACUACAGUGCAAAAAAUACAAGUGAACUCUUAUUUAAGAAAAAUAUUCUUGGUUUGAUGAAUGCAUUUCCUGGAAAGAUCGCAUGUCGUUUCCACGUUACCCAACAGAGUUCACAGAUCUGUAAAGAACUGCAGCCACACAUUACAGAGGGAAGAAUAUCUGAAAAGGAUCUAGAAAAACACGCAUCUAAGGAUACUUUAUGGUACAUCUGCGGUCCACCUCCAAUGAUAGAAUCUAUAUCCAAACUACUGUCUAACAUUGGUGUUCCUAGAAACUGUGUUUUCUUUGAGAAAUGGUGGUAGGGACAAAAAAAAAAUACAUUAUUUGUUUCCAGUUUAUUUUGAUAAGCUGAAAUGUACAGAAAAUGGACUAUGAAUUAUUUGGAAGAUUUUACUUCAUACAUGAAGACAUCCUCAGUCAUGAUGGUGAUCCUUUAAUUUAACUAUAAUACACUUGUAAUAGUGUGCUCCUUUUGGGGGAAAAAAAAUGAUUUUUUAUUAAAGACAUUAACUGUU